CGCCGGAGCAGAGAGGUGCGCGAGCCCCGACCCGCCGCCCGCACCGCCGCGCACAUCCCGGCGCCCGCUGCCCGAGAAACGGCGUGAUGACCGCCGAGGAGACGAAGGCGGCCGAGAGCGGAGCGCAGUCGGCGCCGCUGCCCCUCGAAGGGGUGGACAUCAGCCCCAAGCAGGAUGAGGGGGUGCUUAAGGUCAUCAAGCGAGAGGGCACAGGCACGGAGACGCCCAUGAUUGGGGACCGAGUCUUCGUCCACUACACAGGCUGGCUGCUCGAUGGCACCAAGUUCGACUCUAGCCUGGACCGCAAGGACAGGUUCUCCUUCGACCUGGGGAAAGGGGAGGUCAUCAAGGCUUGGGAUGUUGCUGUAGCAACCAUGAAGGUGGGUGAAGUGUGCCACAUCACCUGCAAGCCGGAGUACGCCUAUGGCUCAGCUGGCAGCCCCCCGAAGAUCCCUCCCAACGCCACGCUUGUGUUUGAGGUGGAGUUGUUCGAGUUCAAGGGUGAGGACCUGACAGAAGAGGAAGACGGCGGGAUCAUCAGGAGAAUACGGACGCGGGGGGAGGGCUAUGCCAAGCCCAACGACGGCGCCAUUGUGGAGGUUGCACUGGAAGGGUACUUCAAGGACCAGAUGUUUGACCGGCGGGAGCUCCGCUUUGAGGUCGGCGAGGGGGAGAGCAUGGAUCUGCCCUGUGGGCUAGAGAAGGCCAUCCAGCGCAUGGAAAAAGGAGAACAUUCCAUUGUGUAUCUCAAGCCCAGCUAUGCUUUUGGCAGCGCUGGGAAGGAGAAGUUCCAGAUCCCACCAAACGCUGAGCUGAAGUAUGAAAUACAUCUCAAGAGUUUUGAGAAGGCCAAGGAGUCCUGGGAGAUGAGUUCAGAGGAGAAGCUGGAGCAGAGCAGCAUAGUGAAGGAGCGAGGCACUGUGUACUUCAAGGAAGGCAAGUACAAGCAAGCUGUGCUGCAGUACAAGAAGAUUGUUUCCUGGCUGGAAUACGAGUCCAGCUUCUCUGAUGAGGACGCACAGAAGGCGCAGGCCCUUCGGCUGGCCUCCCACCUCAACCUGGCCAUGUGUCAUCUGAAGCUACAAGCUUUCUCCGCUGCCAUUGAGAACUGUAACAAGGCCCUGGAACUAGACAGCAACAACGAGAAAGGUCUCUUCCGCCGGGGAGAGGCCCACCUGGCAGUGAAUGACUUUGAUUUGGCACGGGCUGACUUCCAGAAGGUUCUGCAGCUCUACCCCAGCAACAAGGCGGCCAAGGCCCAGCUGGUCGUGUGCCAGCAGCGCAUCCGCAAGCAGCUUGAGAAGGAGAAGAAGCUCUACGCCAACAUGUUUGAGAGGCUGGCCGAGGAGGAGAGCAAGGCCAAGGCUGCAGGGGCUGAGGGAGACCAGCCGGCUGACGCAGAGAUGAGGGAUGAACCGAAGACCGAGGUGGCUGGGGGCCAGCCUCAGGUGGAGGCGGAAGCAUAGCCUUGCCCCAGCCCUGUUCCCAUGGCUGCCUGCCCGCCCCCCGACCCUACUCCACCCUGUUAGUUUUGUACAAACUGAAGAAUUUUGAGUGAAUUAGACCUUUAUUUUUCUAUCUGGUUGGAUGGUGGCUUUGGGGGAAGGGAGAGAGGAGCAGGCUGGGGGAUUGAGGUGGGUGGGCUCAUUUUAGGUGGUGUCACCCCCUCCCACCUUCCCCCAUUCCAUGUGAAUGAAUGUCCCUCCACACGCACACUCAUCAGAAUGUUAAUUUA